GUGGUCAGGGCGCGGAGUCCUGGGACCCUGCGCGGGCCGGGCCCACUUCCCACGUCGGCGUUCCGGGCCAGCGCGGCUUCGGCUCCUCACCGGCGCGACCAAUCGAUAAUGGGGGCUCUGGGCGUCCGGCGCGGCCUGGAGUGGCUACUGGGCUUCUACUUCCUGUCGCAUGUCCCCAUCACUCUGCUCUUGGACCUGCAGGUGGUGUUGCCGCGCGAACUCUACCCGGUCGAGCUGAGAAACCUGCUGAAGUGGUAUACCAAGGAGUUCAGGGACCCUCUGCUACAGGAUCCCCCGGCCUGGUUUAAGUCCUUCCUAUUUUGCGAGCUUGUGUUUCAGCUGCCUUUCUUUCCCGUAGCAGCCUACGCCUUCUUCAAAGGAGGCUGCCGGUGGAUCCGCACCCCUGCAAUCAUCUACUCCGUUCACACCAUGACAACGUUAGUGCCAAUUCUCUCCACGUUGCUAUUCGAGGAUUUCUCCAAAGCCAGUGGCUUCAAAGGAACAGGACCUAAGACUCUGCACGAACGACUGACCCUCGUGUCUGUCUAUGCCCCCUACUUUCUCAUCCCUCUCAUGCUCCUGCUUUUCAUGCUGCGGAGCCCCUACUACAAGCAUGAGGAGAAGAGAAAGAAAAAAUGAGAGCGGUGACUGCUGGCCCGGCGGGAGCUGCCCGGAGGGCAGUUUCAUGGUGGACCCAGGAUGCGGAAAACUGCUCAGACCCCAUGUUUUUCAGUAACGUUUGAAACACACCAGCAACACCCCAAAGCAAGGCACUAGCAGGAGCCCCAUCAAAGCCUCCCCUUCUGAGAACACUGGCACCUGCGGCCCCGUCGCCUGAGGAUGGACGAAGGGCGCCUCACCGUGUGCCCAGGUCCCAUAGCAACCAGGAGCAGACCGGAAACUGGAUGGACUUCAAGACACGUGGCCUGCCUGGCACAUUCCUGAGUCACUUGACCCACAAUGGACAGGUGACUAAACCCGAUGCAGGAUUCUCCACGGCCUGUCAUUGACCAGCAACAGUUUCAGGCCACCGUUCAGUUCGAAAUGAUGCCUCUUUAAUACUCAUUAAAAACGAUAUCCUGGUGUGUCUGCCUUCACCUCUGGUGCGGGGAACGGGUUCCGUGAGAGGUUUAAACUUGGUUUUGCUCAAUGGGUAGCUCUGGCCUGACUUUCAGAAAUGGGUUGAACUGGAAGGUGUCUUGUUUCUGUCUUAAACAGGUCAUCCGGGAAAAGAUUUUCUUUCAAGUCUCCUUAAAAACCUUGUUUUUACAGACCGUCUCCCGUAAGGCCCGCUCUGAGGUCUGGGGUCUCAAAGCCGAGCCAGAAGCGUGCUUCUUGUGGGAUAACGUCACCCUCCCUGAGAGGUGCAUCGUCAUUCCUGGCCUGUCCUCUGAGUGGAAGGGCAGCUGGGUGUGACACGUCUGUUGUGUCAGUACGGGGUCUCUUCACUGGUGUUUCUUAGCUUUCUCUAAAUUUGUGCUCAAGGCCAGCUGAAAAACAAACUCUGUGUGACGCAUGGAAAAUGGCAACUGGCCCUUCCUCUUUUUAUCUGUUUUGCUCGCAAGCCAUAUUGGUCUGCUUGAGGGGACGAUCGUGUGCCAUCUGUGUCUCGUCCAAACAGAGGGAGCCGCUGA